AUGGCCGGUACGAGAACCAUCACGGCCGAACCGCCCCGCUCCACGGCGUACUAUUACGCCGACCUCGAGCGCCUGAAGAGGAAGAAUGGCGGCCAGGAUUCCCAAAAUCCGACCGAGGAGCCGAACCCGAACCAGAACGAGCAGAGCGAUUACGUAGAGUCGAAUGAGGUGGUCGACGACGGGCCGGUGGCGGAAGUGCCUCCGUUGAGGGACCGGAGGGAUUGCCAGGACUUCCCUAGGCCAAAUCCCGAAAGAAAACUGGAGGAGACGUAUUCUACAGCUGGUACCUUCCCCAUGCCCGAGCCUAAAGAAAAGGAACCCCUGCUCGCGGAGCUGGAAGUUGUUGGAAGACUUCCUCUAACACAACUAGACUCUGGUUCAGGAGUGAGAAGGAGUAGAAGUUGGUACUUGUGCUGCCCCAAUGUUGGGGAGGAGGAGAUAUCGAGGGAGUCGUCGUGGAGGUACUCCAGUCUGCGGCCUGUCACCGCGCCACCAGCUCCUGGCCAGAAUGGUAUACACCUGGUAGCAUCGCAAAGCAGCCGUCAAGAAGAUGUGGUGACCCUCCGCAAUGAAAGGGACGCCUUGGCGAGAGCUCUGGCUGCAGAGAAGCAAAAGGCGGCCAGCGCAGCCAGAGCUCACGACGCGAGGCUGGCUGAGCUGCACGGGGUCAUAGCCGAGCUGGUCAGGAGGCGGGCGCAGGACAAGUCCGCGAGGGCUAUACCCGAGGAGGAGGUUUCUGACGAGUGCGAGUCCACCACGCAGCCGGCUGGUGAGCUGGACAACGACGCGGAUAUGUCGCGAACAGAGCAAAACGACACGUCAUCUCUGAGCCCAGCGGAGCUCCCCAGUCCGUUGGAGGCGAAACCCGAGUUGAAAGAACUGCCCGACGACACGACCGACACAAGCACUCAGGAGGUGCACGUCAGGGUGGAACAACCUCGUGUGGAAGUGUCAACUCCCCAACAGAGUGAUCCGUGCGACACGAGCGUCAAUUAUUCGGAACGGGACUCCGAGAUAUGUGUGACCACCGCCAGGUGUUGCCAAUAUGCGAGAGCUGCUCAUCUACUGGGGGACAGCUGCGAGGUGCCUGAAGGUCUGCUGCCGCCGUCCCCAGGUCGUUGCGAGUCCAGACAAGCCAAAUUAGCGUCGAGGGUACGUCUCAGACGCACCGAGGAGAUCGACUCCAGCAACCACUUGAGUACUGACGAGACGCGGGUAAACUCCGUCGAAGAGUCAGCCCUGCGGCUGUAUGAUGAGGAAGAACUUCUGGCACUGGACCAAUACG